AUGGCACCGCCGCGGCGCGUGUGCGUGACCGGCGGCGGCGGGUUCAUCGCCUCGUGGCUCGUCAAGCUGCUACUCUCGCGCGGCUACGCCGUCCACGCCACCCUCCGCGAUCCAUGUGAUCCCAAGAACGUCCAUCUCAAGCAGCUGGACAGGGCAUCGGACAAUCUUCACCUGUUCAAGGCUGACGUGCUAGACUGCGAGACGCUAACACGUGCGUUCGAGGGAUGUGAGGGGGUCUUCCACCUCGCCACUCCGGUGCCCGAAGAUAAGAUCAUUGAUCCUGAGGCAGGUUGCACGAGCCUUACUAACCACAUUUCAGAUGCAUACAUGCAGUCAGAAGUAAUGGCUCCGGCAGUUAAGGGCACUUCAAAUGUGCUAAAGGUUUGCUUGGCUAUGAAGGUUCAGAAAGUCAUCGUAUUGUCCUCCACUGCUGCUGUUGAUUUUAACCCGAAUUGGCCUCAAGGUAGACUCAAAGAUGAGAGUUGCUGGUCGGACAAAGAGUGCUGCAAGGAGAAUGAGGACUGGUAUUCUGUUGCCAAGAUUGUGGCUGAACAGGCAUCCCUUGAAUAUGCAGAGAAAAAUGGAUUGACCGUAGUUACACUUUGCCCUCCUUUAGUUUUUGGACCAUUAUUACAACCUAUGGUGAAUACGAGUAGCAAAUUCUUAAUCUAUGUUAUAAAAGGAGGUCCUGACGUGAUGAACAACAAGCUGUGGCACAUGGUAGACGUGCGUGAUGUGGCCGAUGCCUUACUGCUUGUGUAUGAAAAGGCGGAAUCAUCCGGGAGAUACAUCUGCGCACCUAAUAACAUCUUCACGAAGGACUUGGUAGACCUGCUGAAGAAGAUGUACCCAAAGUACAGCUAUGUGAACAACAUCAUCGAUGUGGAACACAAAGCGCCGAUAACAUCGCAGAAGCUGAGGGGUCUGGGCUGGGAGCCGCGGAAGCUCGAAGAGACGCUCUCGGACAGCGUGGAAUGUUACGAGAAGACCGGCCUUCUGCAGGAAUCAACUGGGAGUCCCUUCCGGCUUCCCCAUCUCUUCCGUUUGGCUGGCGAUCAGUGAAUGAGCCCUGUUGACGGUGCUUUCUUUUCAUGGUGUCUGUAAACUGUGAUGCCACCGCUCGGAGUC